UAUACUUGCUGUAAACAGUGAACUGUGUGUAGACCGGGUGGGGUGUGAACACAGCAGUGUGCAGUGCCGUGAUCUGCCGGUUUUAACGGCUGUGGUGGUGAUGUCACAGUUCUGUGUACUUCUGGACUCGGCUGAAGAAGAUGGCGAACGCCGCAGGAGUUAAAGUUCCACGCAAUUUUCGCUUGUUGGAGGAGCUUGAAGAAGGGCAGAAGGGCGAAGGUGAUGGCACAGUCAGCUGGGGCCUCGAGGAUGACGAAGACAUGACUCUCACACGGUGGACAGGCAUGAUCAUUGGACCGGCAAGAACCAAUUAUGAGAACAGGAUAUACAGUCUGAAAGUGGAAUGUGGAUCAAGAUACCCAGACAUUUCCCCCAAUGUUAGAUUUGUAACAAAAAUUAGCAUGAAUGGGAUAAAUAAUUCCAACGGCUUGGUGGAUUCCCGUAGCAUACCCGUUUUAGCAAAAUGGCAGAAUUCUUAUAGCAUUAAAAUUGUUCUUCAAGAGUUAAGGCGUCUAAUGCUGUCCAAAGAAAAUGUGAAGCUUCCACAACCACCAGAAGGACAAACCUACAGCACUUAAUCGUAAUGGAUUGUUUCGACCCUCUGUCUUAAACCUUACUCUCUUAGAAAUAUCGUGUAAAAUCAUCAAGAAGCUCACUUCACACAUCAACAAUAUCAUCUGCAAGAGCAAGAUUGGACUUUCUUAAUACAUAGCUCAUUCAAAAAGAAAAUGUCCCUGCAAUUAAGCACUGAAUAGAUAGAUUAAAAUACUACAAGACCACAGUUAUCUGCCUUUAAUAAACUUACUUUGAAAAAAUGACCUACGUUUGACAUGUUCCAGCUUGAGUGGGUUUGAAGAGGGAAGCAUGACGCCACGCAAAGGCUGUACCAGAGUCCCAAUAGUUUUAAGUCCAAAUGGCUGAUCACUGAAGUAAACAGCAAGAAGUGUGUAUGAUGGCAUGUUCUGUAACUAAAACCUAGUCGAAGAGAAGCCACAUUUUUGAGUUUGUUAGUCAAAUUUAGCAGGUUUGUUAAAAUAUCAUGCAGAUGGCUAAAUAUUGAACUGUGGCUGUAGUUUAAAAGUAGUGUCACAAGGUAAGAAGGAUUUUUUUUUUUAUAAAUAUAUAUAUAUAUCUGUAUUUGACACGAUACCAAUAUGUUUCUGUUCUGCAGCUCUUUGACAUGUAACAGACGUUGAAGCCUGUUCUGUUUUGAAACCCCUGCAUUUAACUUCUUGUGAAAAUGGCAGGUGUAACUUGUGAUUUUCUGACAUUAAAAUCACUGUCGAAAAACAA